UACACUGCCGUAAAUCCAUUUGAAGAAGAAGAAGACAAAGAAGCAGGCGCGUUGCAUUGUGGUCGCUGGGGCGCCAGGACAGAAACAGAAGCUACGGUGAUAUUCAGCCUGGACAGGACAUUAACGGUUCAGUAGUUGGUGAUCAGUGACCACACACAAAGCGGCCAUGUCGUCGACAUCCCAAAAACAUAAAGAUUUUGUGGCCGAACCCAUGGGCGAGAAGUCUGUGAUGGCUCUUGCAGGCAUUGGAGAGGUCCUUGGAAGAAGACUGGAGGAGAAAGGUUUUGACAAGGCGUACGUUGUCCUCGGGCAGUUUCUAGUGCUAAAGAAAGACGAGGAACUUUUCCGGGACUGGCUGAAGGACACUUGCAGCGCAAAUACCAAACAACAAGGUGACUGCUAUGGCUGUCUUAAAGAAUGGUGUGACGCCUUCCUAUAAAGCAUUCAGUCAUUGUUUUCUACUUCUGAAGUCCAAUCUGUACAUUACCUCUUCAGUGAUCUUGAUUCAAUUUGGCUACACCAUAUGAUGAACUGACAUUGUACACAUGAAUGAGUUUUUUUAACUUGUUUUUAAUUGUUUUGAAUGUUUUGAGCCCAAAAUAGAAUUCACACACGCCCUCGUCAUGUCAGUCUAAAUAGUUGCCAACUCUUUCUCUCUUUUAAAUUGUUGGUAAACUAGUAGGAUGGCUGGGUAAUCCUUCUGCCUGUAACAUCUGCUCACUGUCAGUAGCCUUUUUUACUGUGGACAUUUUGACUUGACCUAGUAGUAAAAGAAUACUUGUUCCUAAUAACAUUAAUGAUGGCUCUUUGCUAUAUAGGUUUUGCAGAAAGUUGUCACUGUGCCUCCCAACACAUCAGCCGGGCUUUGACACAGGGACACGUACAUGUAAUGCAGUCUUGUUUUAGUAUGCCUGUGUUUAACAAGUCAAAAUGUCUAUAGAGAAGGUUUAGACUGUCUAUUUUCCAGUUUUAAGAAGAAAACUGCUCAUGGUCGUAAUAUUCAGAUUGACCUAGAUCAUUGCAAUGCUGCAUAUACUUUCUGUUGAGGUUUGAAUUUUAAAUGUUUGAUUCAUCCAUUGUUGGUCAUGUACUGAUAUUUUACCUUUUUAUAAGCUAAACAUGACUAGUUUGUUCUAUGUUUAAACCUUCUAACACCAAAAAAUUGUAUGUUUCAAGUCAGCGCUAGUUUUCCAGACUAAUAUUUGUACCCACAUUCAACUCUUGGGCUUCUUCGCCUGUUGUUUUUUAAAAGUCAUGGGAAAGUUGAUGGAAGCUGUACUUGUUUUUUGUUUUGUUUUGUUAAAUACCACAGCCUAUCACAGUUUAGUAUCAUGUACGUCCACCAACAAUAUUUAAAGAAUUUCUUGAAGAGGUGGAUUGUCGGUUUUGAAGUGGCUUGCAGAGGAUGUAACUGAUUUUUAUGUGACACACAAAAACAUAACCUCAAAACUAAUGUGACACUGGUCUUAGCAGAGCGCUUUUUUUAAAUUACAAAACUUAACUUUUGAACCUGCAAAUAAACAAGCGGCACAGCCAGACCCCCACAUCUGGUCUGUUCAAAGCAGUUUGAACCUGAAGAUGGAAAAUGUAUAUAAAUAAAGAACAAACUCAAACACUGUCAAACACGUGUCGGUCUAUUGCUGAUGAGUGGGCUGCAGCCUUUACAGUAAAAAAAAAUGUGUCUACUAGAUUAGCCAGACAAUGCUUAGAUUAAUAUGACUUGGCCUUUGUGCUUAAAAGGCUCCCAUGAUGUAAAGUUUCUUUUUGAUUAAACUGAGUUAUAAGGCAACCAUCUAAAAAAAAAAACAAUAACCAAUGAUGCAGUAAAUCCAUCAGCGCCCUGUUCAUUAACAUUUAAGAGUAUUUGAUAUGCUGUACUUGUACGAUGGAAUGUAUUUGAAGCUUCAGUAGAAGUUCAUAUCAUCAAAUCAUAAACCCAACAAGAGUGAGCCAAAGCCCAUCCAGUCUAUUACCUGACUUUGUCUUUUACGUCUAUACAGGAAAAAUUAAAUCACUGAUCUUAAGUAUCCACUUGCUUUAGAUGAAGCUGUGCCACCUACAGUGUAUAUUUUUGUAACACCAACAACUGUUGUUUAGGUUAGGUCUUGGCUGAGCUUGAUAUUAACGUUGACUUUCUUUCUAAACAUGAGAUGCCUUUAAUGCGUGCUAGAUUUAAUAUUUUAUUUAGUUAGACAAACUAUAAAAUGUGCAGUAGUGCAUGUCCAGGCGGUGUCAUGUAAUCUUCCACACAUCACCAGCUGUUUGAAGAUGUGCUUUUUGUCGGCUGAUGCUUUGUCAUUUGACUGUAAAAACCCUUCAGUUUUUAUAUUGCUGUGUAUUAUAAAAAUAAAAGGUAAAGUACCAGA